AUGGCGUCCAGAGCAGGGCUUAUUUUCGUCCUCGUUCUUACUUUGGCCACCCCCCUGUUCAAGGCCUAUCCCAAGGAGGAGGAGGACCAUGGGGUCCAGAUAGCUGCUGCUACCUCUGCCGAAACUGAAUUGUGGAAUUUAGUGUCUUCGUUGUCGUCGCAGGAGCUGACGGCGCUGAGGCCUGCAGGAUUCAAUCUGAAGGCGUGGUUGCAAAGAAAGGAAAAACAACUUAUCAGACUGUCAAAAAAAAUUGACAAAGUCAUCCGGAAAGCCCUAAAUGACAGCAAUCCCUACCUUCCGCUCAUUUUACGACACUGGCUUCGUGAACAUUUAUGA